AUAUGAAACAGACCCUUCGCAAUUUUCUCCCCGCGCCGUAAGCAUAUACGUCAUUUGUCGCUGUGGGCAUACCCCAAUGUUAUGCAGUUAUAUCCUUCUUCCUACAACCAUAAGUAGUCGAGAGCAAACUUCUGCAAGUGUCCAAGCAGCUUCUCCUUCACUCAUUUGACGCUCUUCAACCAGCAUCCGAUUGACAUGGGAUCGAAACCGAUCCCGGUUUGCCAUGUGGUGGCCUUGCCUUAUCCAGGCCGAGGUCACAUCAACCCCAUGAUGAACCUUUGCAAGCUCCUGGUCUCCAAGAAGCCCGACAUCCUCAUCACCUUCGUCGUCACGGAGGAGUGGCUCAGCUUCAUCGGCUCCGAACCGAAGCCGGCUAAUGUGCGCCUCACCACCAUCCCCAAUGUCAUACCGUCAGCGCUCCAUCGAGCCAAGAACUUCCCUGCCUUCGUGGAAGCCGUCUUCAAGAAGCUGAAAGCUCCAGUGGAGCAGCUGCUGGACAGGCUGGAGCUGCCGGUGGCGGCUAUCAUAGCAGACACGUACAUGCUAUGGGCGGUUAGGGUUGGCAAGCAGAGGAAUAUCCCGGUGGCCACGCUUUGGACGAUGUCAGCGUCGAUGUUCUUGGUGUUACAUCAUUUCGAGAUGCUUCAGCAGAAGGGCCAUUUUCCGGUUGACUUGUCAGAGAGGGGAGAAGAAGAAGUGGACUACAUUCCAGGAGUCGCCAGGACCCGCCUCGCGGAUCUACCCACGUUCUUGUUCGGAAACGAUAGCCAGUUAGUGGGCGGAGUCCUGGAGUGCAUCGCCUGGGCGUCCAAGGCCGACUACUUCCUCUCCACCUCCUUCUCCGAGCUCGAACCUCGGGCCUUGGACGCCAUCCGGUCUCAGCUCUCCGCGCCCGCCUACUGCAUCGGCCCUGCCAUCCCCUUCCUCGACAGCGACGGGGCCGGCGACGCUGCUUAUCUCCGGUGGCUCGACGCUCAGCCCAUAGGGUCGGUCCUGUACGUCUCUCUCGGGAGCUUCCUCUCGGUUUCUGAGGCUCAGAUGGAGGAGACGGUGGCCGGGGUGCGGGACAGCGGCGUGCGGUUCCUGUGGGUGGCGCGCGAGGAGACGUUGCCGGUCGGGAGCGCAGGGGAGGAGGGCGCGGGCCUGGUGGUGCCCUGGUGCGAGCAGCUGAAGGUGCUGUGCCACCCUUCGGUGGGCGGGUUCUGGACCCACUGCGGGUGGAAUUCCACGCUGGAAACCAUCUACGCGGGGGUCCCCAUGCUGACGUGUCCCUUAUUGGCGGACCAAUUCCCCAACAGCAAGCAGAUCGCGGAGGACUGGAGGAUUGGGUUGAGGGUUAAGAAGGAAGGCAGCGGCGGCGGCGGCGGCGGCGGUGAUGAGAAUUUGGUCACCCGGCAAGAGAUUGCACGGCUCGUGAGGAAGCUGAUGGAUGCGGAAAGCGGCGAGGGGAGAGAGAUGAGGAAGAGAGCAAGAGAGCUAAGGGAGGCAUGUAGACGGGCCGCCGCGAGAGGCGGGUCGUCGGAUCGGAAUCUGGAUGCCUUCAUCGGUGAUAUUUCGAGGGCCGAAUGAAUCCAUUUGAGUAAUUGGUGCGGUGGGGCUAAGUCUGCUUUGUAUUUGCAAGGAACUAUUUCAUUUUGUUGAAGAGAAAAGUUUAAAUAAAAGGUAUCGUAAUGUUCGUUGGAUUUA